GACCCGGCGCAGUUCCUGCAGGUGCACGGCCGGGCCUGCAAGGUGCACCUGGACUCGGCCGUGGCGCUGGCGGCCGAGAGCCCCGUCAACAUGAUGCCCUGGCAGGGGGACACCAACAACAUGAUCGACCGGUUCGACGUCCGCGCUCACCUGGAUUUCAUCCCCAUGUACACCCCGGCCCUGCUCAGCCCCACCUCACCGGAGCAGGAGUCGGACGAGCGCAAAUGCAACUACGAGCGGUACCGGGGCCUGGUGCAGAACGACUUUGCUGGCAUCUCGGAGGAGCAGUGCCUGUACCAGAUCUACAUCGACGAGCUCUACGGGGGCCUCCAGAAACCCAACGAGGAUGAGAAGAAAAAGCUGGCGGAGAAAAAGGCUUCCAUAGGCUACACCUACGAGGACAGCACGGUGGAGGAGCUGGAGAAUUCCCUGGAAAAGCGAGCCGGGGACGAGGACGACUCCGAGGAAGACUCCAACACCGACGAGGACGAAGUGAUCCCGGACAUCGACGUGGAGGUGGACGUGGACGAGCUGAACCAGGAGCAAGUGGCCGACCUGAACAAGCAGGCCACCACCUACGGCAUGGCCGAGGGCGAUUUCGUCAGGAUGCUGAGGAAGGACAAGGAGGAGGCCGAAGCCAUCAAAAACGCCAAGGCCCUGGAGGAGGAGAAGGCCAUGUACUCGGGCCGCCGCUCCCGCCGGCAGCGCCGCGAAUUCCGCGAGAAGCGGCUGAAGGGGCGCAAGAUCAGCCCCCCCAGCUACGCCCGCCGGGACAGCCCCACCUACGACCCCUACAAACGCUCCCCCUCGGAGUCCAGCUCCGAGUCCCGUUCCCGGUCGCGCACGCCGUCGCCGGGCCACGAGGAGAAGAUCACCUUCAUCACCAGCUUCGGCGGCAGCGACGAGGAGCCGCCGGCCCGGGAGCCGCCGCACCGCGAGCACCGCGAGCACCGGGAGCGGCAGCGCCCCCCGGCGCCCGGAGCCUCGGCAGCGGCGCACAGGGCGGCGGCCCGGCGCCGCUCUUCCUCCACCUCCUCGUCCUCCUCCUCCUCCUCGCGCUCCUCCUCGUCCUCCUCGUUCAGCUCCGGCUCCCGCAGCCCCUCCCGGGGCUCCCGCCCGCCCUUCCGGGGCCGCUCCCGGGGCCUCUUCCGGGGCCGCUCCCGCCGCUCCCGCAGCCGCUCCCGGGGCAGCCGCAGCCGCUCCCGGAGCCGCUCCCGGAGCCGCUCCCGCCGCUACUCCCGGGAGCGCCGCUCCCGCUCCGCGGAGCCGCCUCAGCAGCGCGGCCACCGGCACCGCCGCCGCUCCAGGAGCCGCUCCCGGCGCUCGCUGCGCUCGUGGCGCCGCUGGAGCAGCGGCAGCCGCAGCCGGAGCAGCCGCAGCGACUCCCGGAGCCCCUCCCGGUCACGGAGCCGCUCCCGGAGCCGCUCCCGGAGCCGCUCCCGCUCCCCGAGCCCGCCCGGAGCCCGCGACAGAGCCGCGCCCCGGCCCCCGGCCGAGCCCGCCCUCGGCGAGAAGCUGAAAAAGGCGGACGCGGGUGCUGGUAAAGAGUGCGGAGCUGCCAAAGUCACCCAAGCUGACCCCGCAGGAGAAGCUGCGGCUCAGGAUGCAGAAGGCGCUCAACAGGCAGUUCAAGGCCGACAAGAAGGCGGCGCAGGAGAAGAUGCUGCAGCAGGAGCAUGAGAGACAGGUGGG